GCCCGUGGGACUGGGGAGUGUCACUGAGCUGGGAAGCGCUCGGGGAUCUCUCGGGGUCGGGCCAGGUGUCUGUCGCGUUCCGCGCUCGCCCCGUGAGAGGAUGAGGAGGGCGCCCGGGCGCUCGCUGGCCACAUGCUGGGUGGCUCUGCUCGCAGCCUGCUGCUUUGCGUGCGGGGCAUCCGCAGGUAAUGGUGCAUUUACCAUUCGCCAUGAAAAAACCAGCAAGUGCCUACAAGUUAAAAACUCACAGAUCAUGGCAGCAGACUGCAAGGAGACAAAUGAAACUUUGUGGAAAUGGGUCUCCCAAAAUCGCCUUUUCCAUUUGGGAUCCCGACAGUGCCUCGGAUUAAAUAUAGCCAAACGAGCAGCUCCAUUGAAAAUGGUUAAUUGUGAUUCACAACUUAUGCUAUGGUGGCGAUGUGUUGAUGCUUCCAUAUUUGGUGCAUCCCAGUACAAGCUGACUUUAAAAGACAAUGUUGUCACUGCAAGUAUAAAUUCGUCAGACGCCUGGAGAAGAAGUAACUCUUCCGAUGAUAUUUGUGAAUACCCUUACCGUGAGAUCUAUACGAGGGAUGGUAACUCCUAUGGAAGGCCCUGUGAGUUCCCCUUCCUAGUUAAUAAGACAUGGUAUCAUGACUGCAUUCGGGAUGAAACACACACAGAUGGUGACUGGUGUGCCACAACCUCCAGUUACAAUCAGGAUGCCAAAUGGGGAAUCUGCUUAAAACCAGAGGAUGGUUGUCGUGAUACCUGGGAACACGAUCCAGAAUUGGAAAGUUGCUACCAGUUAAACACACAGUCUGCUCUUUCUUGGAAAGAAGCCUAUAUUUCAUGUCAAACACAAGGGGGAGAUUUACUGAGCAUCACAAAUACAAGUGAAUUAAGUUAUAUACAAGCUAAAGAUGGCAUUGCAGAGGUGUUUUGGAUUGGCUUAAACCAACUGGACAUUUCUGGAGGCUGGCAGUGGUCAGACCACACACCCUUGAACUUUCUUAACUGGAAUCCAGACAUGCAAAAUGUGUCGCCUUUGGAUGGGUCAAGUUGUGUGGCAAUGAAUGCUGCCUCAGGUCAAUGGCAGAGUUACCACUGUGGGACUGCACUUCCAUAUGUCUGCAAGAAACCACUUCAUAAUACAAAAUCAGAAUUACAAGAUGUUUGGAGGUACUUGGAGACUCAAUGUGAUUCAGGCUGGCUUCCAUACAGUGGUUUUUGUUAUAUGUUAAUGAAUAACCAGGCUUCCUGGAAUACGGCAAGUCAGUCGUGCAGAGAAAAUAAAAGUGACCUCAUCAGCAUACAUUCUUUAGCAGAUGUUGAGCUGGUUGUUACAAAGCUCCAUAAUGAAACUAAAGAGGAAAUAUGGAUGGGUUUCAUGAAUGAGAAUACUCCAGCUUUGUUUAAGUGGUCAGAUGGGUCCAAAGUGGUUUUCACUUACUGGGAUCAGAAUGAACCAAAAAUUCCUUUUAACAACACUCCUAACUGUGUGUCGUAUUCAGGAAAGUUGGGUCGGUGGAGAGUCAGAUCUUGUGAAGAGAAACUGAAAUACGUGUGCAUGAAAAAAGGAGAGGUUUUGAAUGAAACAUCUGAUAAACAUUGUUUCCCGAAAGAGGAAUGGAAGAGACAUGGAGACUUUUGUUACAAGAUUCAUAACAAUAAAGUAUCAUUUGGAGCUCAGUGCAAUCUGACAAUAAUGAACAGGUUUGAGCAAGAAUUUAUAAACAGUUUGAUUGGAAAAUACAGUAAAGGCAAAGAAAAAUAUUUCUGGACAGGCUUGCAAGAUAUCAGCCGGUCAGGAAAGUAUACUUGGGGUGAUGCGGAUGGGAGAAAAAAUGAAGCUGUGAUGUAUGCAAACUGGAAUUCCUUAGAGCCAGCAUUUCCUGGAGGAUGUGUAGCAAUGUCCAGUAGGAAAUCUCUUGGAAAAUGGGAGGCCAAGGACUGUAAAACCUUUACAGCUUUAUCUAUCUGCAAGAACUAUACUGGGCCUCCUAGGCAGCCAGAAGUACUUCCUAAGCCAACUGACCCUUGUCCUGCCGGAUGGCAGAAUGGAUCAGGCCUUGCCUGCUAUAAGGUCUUUCACAGUGAAAGAUUGCUGAGAACCAGAACCUGGGAAGAGGCAGAACGAUUCUGUGAAGCACUAGGAGGUCAUCUUCCUAGUUUCAGUGAUAUUGCAGAAAUGAAGGAACUCCAUUAUAUACUAAGAAACAUUGUCAGUAAUGACCGAUGGGUCUGGGUGGGACUCAAUAAGAGGAAUCCAGAUUCUCUAGGAACCUGGCAGUGGAGUGAUAACAAUCCGGAAACUACUGUUGUUAUGUCACACGAUUUCCAAAGAGAUGUCUAUGACAUUAGAGACUGUGCUGCUUUAAAGACCACUCGAAUGUCGGGGAGGUAUUUUUGGAGACUUCAUUUCCAUGAUGACAGACAAUUGGAUUUUUAUUUAAAACCUUUCCUGUGUGAUGCUAGACUUGAAUGGGUUUGCCAGAUAACAAAAGGUAGUACCCCAAAGACACCAGAGUGGUAUACACCAGAUGUAGAUGGAAUUCAUGGACCGCCACUUGUUAUUGAUGGAGCUGAAUUUUGGUUUGUGCCAGAUAAAAACCUGAGCUACCAAGAAGCUGCUGUCUACUGUGCAAACAAUGAUAGUGACUUAGCAUCUGUGGACUCUUAUACAAAACUAAGGGCACUCCUAACCAAAAUAGAAAAGUUGUCAGGUGCAGAGCAGAAGUGGUGGCUGAAAUACAUGGAUCGUGGAACUAGACAUCAUUCACUUUUACAGUUAUUUCCACGUUUCCAUGAUCGAUUCUGGAGGGAUUGUUGGUAUAUUUCUUCGAAGGGCUGGUAUAGAGACUAUCCAAUAAACUGCAAUCUGAAACUGCCCUUCAUAUGUGAAAAAUCUAAUGCAUCCUUACUGGAGAAACAUGAGCCAGAAUAUCAACCCCCUAAAGGAGAAUGCCCUAAAGAAUGGAUUCUGUUUCAGAACAAGUGUUUUCUAAAAAUAGAACACAGAUUUUUAACAUUUAAAGAAGCCAAUGAAGUAUGUGAAACUUUUGGAGGCACUCUUCCAUCAAUCUCAAGCCAGGCUGAACAAGAUUUUUUAAUAUCCUUGCUUCCUGGUUUAGAAGAAAACAUUUGGAUUGGUUUGAAGUUUUUUUUCAGCAUAAGGGAAAACAAAUGGGUAGAUGGCAGUAGACUGCUGUACAGUAACUUUCACCCAUUGCUGAGAGGAAGGCUAAGGAAGAUUCCGCUUGAUAUGUUUGAUGAGGAAAUAAACAACCAGUGUGGUGUAAUGCUCAACAACCCCAAAUCUUUAUAUGUUGGAACAUGGAAUUCCUUGCCUUGUGCUGAGGAGCAUUUUUUGGGUAUCUGCCAGAAGCCACUAGGGGUUGUUGACAACCAGACACAGCAAGUCCUUAGUGAAACACUGACCUAUCAAAAUGUCCAUUACACAGUAAUUCUGAAGAAUUUGUCCUGGUAUGAUGCACUGCGGGAGUGCAAACAGAAAAACAUGCAGCUCGUUAGCAUCACAGAUCGGUACCAACAGGCUUUCCUUACCGUACAGGCUGCUGUUCGCAAUUACCCUCUGUGGAUUGGACUCUUCAGCAAAGAUGAUGGAAAACAUUAUGGCUGGGCAGAUGGAAAGCGCAUUGAUUUUAGUCGCUGGUCUGAAGAAGAUGAAGAAACAAGUGAAGAAUGUGUGUUUUUGGAUAUUGAUGGAUUCUGGAAAACUUCUGCAUGUUCCUCUGAAAAUCCAGGUGCUAUUUGCUACUUGCCAAGAAAUGAGACUGAAAAAGAACAAGUUGUUGAACAUAUUAAAUGUCCACAUAAGUUUAAAAAUACACCAUGGAUAUCAUUUCAAAAUAGUUGUUACACUUUCAUGAUAACAAAAGAUAGAUGGCAAGAAAUGAAAUCACAAGAAGCCCACCACUUAUGCAAGAAAAUAAAUCCAGAUGCAUUUGUCUUGAAUAUUAGAGAUGAGGAAGAAAAUAACUUUGUUGUUGAGCAGCUACAUUCGUUCAGUGGCCUAGCUACAUGGGUAUGGUUGGGUGUAAUUUAUGACGACAGUGAUGAUUCCCUAAAAUGGUAUGAUGAAACUUAUGUGUCUUACAAUAACUGGAAACAGGGAAGACCUAACGUAAAGAAGAAUCAGUUUUUUGCUGGAGUGAACCGUGAUGGGUUUUGGGAUAUUUACAACCUUACGCAAAAUUGGCAAGCUCUCCAAUUUAAUCAACACAGUAUUCUUGCCUGUAAAAUUGAAAUGGGGCCCAGAGAAAACAAGCCUCCAUUGCCUGAGUAUAUACUACAUGGAAAUACCACAUACAGGGUCCUUCAGAAAAAAAUAACCUGGUAUGAAGCAUUAAGAGAAUGCAAACAGAAUGGAAGUGAUUUAGUCAGCAUACACAGUGAAUCCCAUCAGGAGUUUUUGGAAGAUAUUGUAAAGCGUGAUGGAUAUCCACUGUGGCUUGGGCUAUCAAGCCUUGAUGGAAGUGAAUCUAAUUUAGAAUGGUCUGAUGGAAGUGAAUUUGAUUACCGUCCCUGGGAACUAGAAAACUCUACAUCUAUUGGGAACUGCGUUUUUCUGGAUACUAAAGGAUUUUGGAAACGUAAAAGGUGCACAGAUGUUGUUGAUGGUGCCAUUUGCUAUACUUCUUCAGACAAGAGACGACUACAGCCACAGCAAACCAAAGGCUCCUCCAGGUGUCCACAAGGUACUAGAACAUCGCAGUGGUUGCAGUAUAAAGAUCAUUGCUAUGCAUUUGACAUGGCAUUAUACAAUUUUUCAGUAUAUACUGCAGAAGAGGCUAAAAGAGUCUGCCAGAAGCUGGAUCCUUCUGCAACACUAUUGACUAUAAAGGAUGCCGAAGAGAAUACAUUUGUCAGGAAGCACAUAAGGCAAAAUGACCUCAUCACCAGAAGAGUGUGGCUUGGAUUGUCUCAGAACUUCAAGGCUAAGUCCUUGAACUGGCUUGAUGGUUCAGCAGUUAAAUAUGCCAAUUGGGCAAAUGGAACUUCAAAAGUCAAUGGUAAAUGCAGUGUUAUCCUAUCCACAAAUGGAACAUGGUCUGAAGUUGACUGCAGUCAUAGUAAAGGCAGAGUUGUUUGUAAAGCUCCUCUAGGCACUAAUCAUACUGGAGUGGCUAUAACAUUUGCUCUGUUAAUUAUCCUAGUCUUGGUUGCUGGAUUAAUUUGGUAUCUCUACAAAAGGAAACGGCUUCAGUGGGGUGGCUUCUUUGCAGUACGCUACGAACGAGGGAUGAAUGAAGAUGAGACUGAUAGCAUGUUUACCAAAGAUGGUUACUGAGAAAUUGUUCUUGCUAAUUGUUUUAUUACAGAUUCUACUGUGUGAAGCUAUGGGGAAUGGACUACAUGACACUUUAUUAGCUCCUUCUGAAAAACAAGUAAAAGAUUACUAACUAAUGGCUAAAUUCUGCCCUGUAAUGUGUGCAAUUUUAAGUCAGUGGGAGUUAACUGAAUUUGGCCUUAGCUGUAAAUCUUGCACAAGGUAGAAGUUCCCUGAGCCUCUAUAGCUCUGUGAUUCCAUAUUAAAUCUGGGUACUGCCUCUAAAAUCUUUGUCUAUAUUAUCUUUUUUUUUCUUUUGGUAAAGUGUUUUUGGGGGGUUGCAGGUGAGGAAUAGACAUUUAAAAACCGCAAACCAAACAAACUAAAUUAAAUAUCUAGCUUUUUACAGGCAAUUAUCAAUUAAACUGUUGGUGUCAAAAGACAUACAUUUUGAGGUACAGUACAUUCACUGUUCCUAGCAUUGGGGCAUCCUGCAACAAUUAGCACAAAAUACGGUGAUAAAUACCAGAGAAAUGAUAUUUGGCAAAACCACUUUUGUAAUAACUCAUUAAUUAUCAACUGUGAUAUAAUACAGAGGGGCUUUUAACCACUGACAGUUUCUGUUCUCACUGAGGUAGAAUCUUAACAUUUGGUAUGCUUAUUAUGAUCCAUUGAGUGCAAGAGAGAAAAAAAUAUCUGAACAUUGUUGUUGUUUUUUUCUCAGAGGUCACCAACAAGCCAUCAUCACUCUUUCCUAUCAUAUGAUUAUUGUUCAGGUGCCCUUCCGAGCUAGAAUCAUGACAUAGAGUAUGCUCUUUCACUUUGGGAUUCUAUCAAUAAGGAAAUAUUCCUAUUAAAAAACCAGGUAACAUUUAAGUCUGAGCCUAUUACAGGCUCAUACAUGAAUAGCCAUGACCUCCCAAGAUGGUACUGAUAUCAGCACAACUGGGAUUAAGGGCCAAAUACAAACAUGAGCAAAAUUCAAACCUUAUGUAAACACUCUGUGACUGUCUAAAAGCAGUUCAAAGAAUGGUGUAUUUUUCACGGUAAGGAGACUGUCCCUUUUAAGCAAGAAUUUUCAGUCUUCUUUUCAUAGGCUUUUAUAUGUGGUGCUGCAAGUAUCUCAUAGCAGGCAUGCUGAAAAUCAGUUUCUGGGAAUGAGGAGGCAAUAGAAAAGGAAGACUAAUCUUUAAACUAGUAUUUAGAUAAUAACCUUUAAAUCUGCCAAAAUCCAUCCUAUGUUUUUAAAGUUGGUAUAGAAUUAGAUCUGAAUGAUGACGUCCUGCACUAACACAUGGGAAAGACUCACAGUUCAUUUCCUAGUCUGUUGCACUCCGUUGGAGGGCUACAGGAGUGUUUCAGAGGCAGUAUUCCUGGUUCUGUAAUGAGGAAAUCCAUACAGUUGAUGAACCACAGUCCUUCCAGCCAAUUUAAGGAGCUUCAUUGACUAUUUCCUAAGCAAAUGCUGCUUGUUCAAGGAUAGUUGGAAUGAGAUAUUAUUUGGAGUGGGUGGUGUGUAAAGUGGGAGAAAGGGCAGCAGAGGGUGCUGUGACAGAGACUCUGGAGUAAUGGGGGAAAGUUUAAACUUCAAAUACAAAGUGAUCUAGCACAGCUGUUCUGAUCACAUAAUACAAAAGGAUAAACACUGUAUUUGGUCUGAAUAGUAUCCUAACUCACCUAUGCUAUGAUUAAACAUACAACUUGAUAACAAAUAAGGUAUUUUCUCUAUAAUCAGUUUCAGAGGUGAGAUGAAGAUAUGUCCUAGGUAGUGAGUGGGAGGGAAUGUUUCACAACUCAAGUUGUGUGCAUACGUGCUACAAAUUCUUGAUCUAUUUACAUGUGAGAUAAACUUGAUUUUUUUUACAUGCUGUGUCAGUUCCCUUUCCUAUGUACUCCAAAAAGGCUACAAGAGUGAAGGGUUUUUUAAAAUAUAUAUUACUUGAUUAAACCAUUAUAGUAAGUCACUGUGCGAAAGUGGAAUAAUUGUAAGAAAAAUGUUUCUUAAUGCACACUGUCCUUUUUCAGAUCAGACCUGUUUACUGUUUUGAAGGAAUAUAUACUAUUUAAGUAAAAAAAACAUACUGUGCACAAAAGACCAAAUUCAUUCCUGGUGUAAUUCCAUUGAGUGGUAUUCCAUCAGUGGUAUUCCAUCAGGAGUAUAUUUGGCCAAAUAUGCUGAGAAUACUUUUUUUUUUUUUUAAGAGAGAUUUUUAAGGGUGACAGGCCAGACCUGUGAGCCUCUCUCUUUUUGUUGCUGAUGAAACACUCCCCUUUGUGCUUAUUUGCUCUAUUCUGGAUAUGCAGUCUUUUUUAAAAUGAUACUUGGACAGUACAGUAUCUUUCGAGCAAGAUUCUUGUAGAUAGUUUUAGCACCCAUAAAAAAGAAUAGGUACCAGACAAGCACGCGAAAGAAAAUAGUUCUGUAUUAGUUCUCUGAUUGGAGAAAAAGUAAGCAUGUUGUCCUUUUGAUACCUGGCCAUAACUAAGAAACGAGAGUAAGAAAGAAAUUGGCCUUGUAGCAAUUUAUGCAACAAACUAUUGAAAUUGGCUGCAAUACCUUGGAGUAAAUUUUAGGUAAAAUGUGAGACUAUUUAACCUUGUUGCUGUGCUUCACAUAUUGCUUUUACAACAGUCUGGUUCUUGUGAUCCUUUAUUUUAUUAUAAUUAUGAAACAUAUUACAGUAGCACCAAGCAGAGUGGGGUCUUACAUGGCAAGUGUUGUACAAACACAUGAGAACACAGUUCUUGCCUCUAGUGUGUAUUUAAUGACAAAUUUCCAACAAAUGUGAUUAAAAAUAUUAUCAAUAAAGCAAUAGGAAGCAUGGCCAUGAUCCAGCAAAGCACUUAAACAUGCAUAAUUUUAAGUUAACAUAAAUACUUAAAUGUUUUGCUGGAAGAGGUCUAAAUUAGUAGAUUUAGAGAAGUUUUGUACUGUAUUAAAUAAAGUUGUAUAUGGUUGUGUCCUUUUCUAACGAAAGUACAGGUCAGGGUAUUUUUGUACAAAUAUAAAUUAGAUACAUGUGUGUUCAGCCUUGCUAGUUUUUUGACUAUUUGCACUUAUGGGCUUACCUGGAUGUGAUUUUACAGAUAGAAAGUAUAUUUUUAAUGUUAUUACCAAGAUAACUAAAUUAUGAUUUCAAGACACAUGAAUAUACAAUAAAAGGAUAGUGUUUUUAUAAAGUGUGUAUUGUUGUGAAUUAUGUAAAUAAUUUUGUAAGGUGCACUUCCAAUGUUUUUUUACAAUAUACCAGUAAAUGGAAUCUUGGGUAGCUUUUAUUUCAGUGAGCACAACUCUUACCAUAAAUGAACAGCCCACUUUCUGGAUUGAAGUGUACAGUGAGGAUAAUAUGCAAACAUGCUCUUAACUCUUGAAAGAAUAAAAUUUAUAAAAAGUCA